AUGGCGUCUUGGCUGUUUGGUGGUUGUCAGGCCGCGAAUGUACCAACCUACUUUGACAUCAGACUCGAUAAUAAUAGCCUCAUGCUUCCUCGUAUUGAUGAGGAUACUAGCUACGGCCACCUCAAUGGCACUGUUGUUCUAUGCUUGAAUAAGCCACUCCCCAUCAAAGAACUCAAGGUCCACACGAGAGGGAUCCAAUAUGUCAACUGGGACUCGGCAACACCAGAAGGCCGACAUAAGAAAGCAGCCUGGCGCGAAACAACAUUCUACCACCAAAUAUGGAGCUUUCUUCCAGAGUCGAACAAAAAUCAGAAAAGUUUACAACCCGGCAACUACGAGUUCCCCUUUUCAGUUACCCUACACAACAGUCUGCCAGAGAGUGUCGAAGGACUAGACGACUGCUACAUUCGAUACGAGUUGACAGCCGGGAUCAACUGUGCAUGGGGAUUGAUCACAAGAUCGAAGGGUUUGAGGGUAUCCAAGGCUCUGAAUCCUCUAUCAUUCCUUGAACCUGAGAGCAUUGAAAGGACAUGGCCUGAAAAGAUCGCAUAUCGAAUCAGUAUUCCAGGACGAGCAUAUCAGCUCGGGGCCCCUAUAAAGAUCGACUUCCGAUAUAUCCCACUCCGAAAAGGUGUUCAUCCUGCCUCAAUCAAGGUGCAACUUGUGGAAUCCCACGUCGUCAUUUCAAGGGCUGGGGGACCAAGACCUAUACGCCAAACUCGAGAGAAGACUAUAAUCGACGAUUUCCUAGAGUUCGACGGUUCUUUAGGGAACGCGGCCGUCACCGAAGAUGCAGAUGGUGAGGGAUGGGAUGCAUUAUCUUAUAUCAUCGUACCUUCAAAGUCCAUCGAGCCCUGUGUGCCAAGUUGCAACACGACUAUUAUUAAUAUAUCCCACACACUCAAAGUGUGUAUCAAGCUUCUAAACCCCAAUGGGGCUUUUUCUGAGAUUGCUGCCUUCUUCCCAAUCUCUUUGUGUCGUUCCCCAAGCACAUUCUCCUCUUGCUCCUUGCUACACAAAGAAUGUCUGAACGGCCUCCAGCCUGCUCCAUCUUACACAGACUAUAUCCAUGACAAACCGUAUUCAGAGUGUGAUGUAAUGGAUAUUCCAGACCAACAGGCUGUGACAGGCCAAAGUGAGGCUCCUAGACCGGCAUACGAGGACAAGGGCUUUUCAGAGGACUUGCUUGGAAUUCCUUGUUAUGAAAGUGCGAUAUGUUCAUUGGCUCCACGGAGUGGGGGAAGCCCUUCUUACUGGGAUGUUGUUUCGAGUCAUGAAUAG